GGAACAUCGAAUGCAACACUAUUUCCUGUUCAAAGGCUAUAUCGUCAGUGCGAACCAAAGACAUUUUAAUGUGUUUUAUAUUCAGGUAUUUGUUUGGUUCUAUUUAGAACUUGUUUCACGAGCUAAGACAAUAUAGACUGCUUUCUAGCAAUGUUUUGGGAAUAUUUCAAUGCCGCUCGACGACUCGGAAAUUCAGCGGGAUCUACGAGCGAGUGAGAAACAUGGACAACUCUGUCACCCUGUGGCAGUUCCUUCUCCAGCUCUUAUUGGAUUCCAAUAAUGAGCAGCUAAUCUGCUGGACCAAUGAGGAAGGGGAGUUCAAACUGCUGCAGGCAGAGGAAGUGGCCCGGCUGUGGGGAGCCCGUAAGAACAAGCCUAAUAUGAACUAUGACAAACUCAGCAGGGCUCUCAGAUACUACUACGACAAGAACAUCAUAAAGAAGGUGAAUGGUCAGAAGUUUGUCUAUCGCUUUGUGUCCUAUCCUGACAUCCUGAAAGGAGAUGUUGCUAUCCGAUCAGAGAGUGGGGAUGUUGGUGUUGGGGGCAUCCCUCCCCAAACAAGAAGGGACAGCACUCUACUGGAGGGUGAGUCUGGUGACAGAGCCAAGAUAGGAGGCAGGACAACGGCUCUGGGUUCCAGCACCAAGCAGUCGAGCCGUAACGACUACAUCCACUCUGGCCUGUACACCUCCUUUACGCUCAACUCGCUGCAAAAUGGACGCCAGCUCUUCAAGUCCAUCAAAAUGGAGAACCCUGCAGAAAAGAUAGCGGACAAGAAAGGUCUCACUGCCACAGUCCAGACCCAGGAAUCCAUGCCUCAGCCACAGCAGCCAACUGCUUUGCCAUCUGUAAUCAAGUUUGGAAACACCCCUCCAAAGCCAGCACCAGCACCACCACCUCAGGUUGCCAUUGAGCCAACUCUAAUGUCCAACCACAUGGAUCCUUUGCAAGCUCCACCCCAGAGAGCUGAAGAAAUCAGCACACACUCCUCCCUGCCACCCCAGUCCGUCUACUCAUUUGAACACAUCCGCCCCUCAGAGCCAGCAUUCAGCCUAUCAGACCUGACCUCAGCCAGCCCGUCUCCAAGAUUAGUGCCUGACUCCUCCCAGGAGCUGGUGAUUGACAGCAGCAUUGAGUCUGGAUCAUCUCAACCCACAGAUGCUCAGGCACUGGAGGCCAUGGAUGCUCACGCACAAGAAAAGGUGGACAGUGGCAUCGGUCUGUCUGGAGAUGAGACCAGUUUGGUGGACACUGAAACCAGUUCAUCCUCAGUGAGCAGCUGCACCACAGUCUGCACUCAGAGCUCAGGAAAGACACGCAAGCCCCCGAAAAUCCUGCAGAUCAGCCCGCCAGCUCUGCUGGUCACGACCUCUGACUUCUCUCCCAUGAACCUCUGCAGCCCCUCUCUGCCUACUGCUUCUCUCACACCAGCAAUGCUACAGACUCCCACUCUGUUGCUGACUCCCAGUCCUCUGCUCUCCAACAUUCACUUCUGGAGUACACUCAGUCCGGUCGCUCCACUCAGCCCAGCCACACGGCGCCAGGGAGCCCACCUGUUCCAAUUUCCAACGGUCCUUACCCCCCAGUUUCAGAUCCCUGUACACAGUCUGGACGGGACCAACACACCCGGCCCCAUUUCACCAGACCCUCAGAAGACAUAGGCUUAACUCCCCUACAGCAUCUCUAUAGUUGGAUGCAGACAGCUUGACAUCUUCCCCUCUUCAGCUCCCACAUAUAGGACAAUCACGUGGGAGCUCAGCCAUUGCCAUUCCCCAUCACUCUGGUGCUUUACAGUUCACUGCCACAGAAUUCACACUACAAUCUGCUGCAUGGAGGGAGAAUCCACGGAUGCUGAACUGUCCAAGUUUGAUGGAGGAGAGUAACACAUUGGUUUCAUAGCAUUUACACGUUCAGAAUGCUAUUGUGUACUAAUAUACAUUGAUGCCAUCUCUCCUAUGCACUUAUGGAUUCAUUUUGUCUGGCUUUUUGGGAUCAUCAGUCACAAUCAUUUAAAAAGGGGAAAUUUCCAUGGCAGCAGUUGGUGCAUGCGGACUGGACCCAAAGCAGCCACAAUCGUGUUCAUAUACACAGAGCAGUGGGAUUGAAUCUUUCCUCUUAUAGAAUUUUCUUUUUAUCUUGUGCAACAGUGUCACUGCCAAAAAAGACACGUUUUCUGUUAUCAGCUUCUAUCCUGAUUUCUCCUCUGUUUCCUUUUGCACUCUGUCUUAACUUUUACUCUUGUUCAAGGGUAGUGCUUUAACCUGAUAAUCUGCAUGUUUACCUGCAACUUAUUUUAGCACUUACCCAGCUCUCAACCUAACCUUAAAUGUCAAGACUUGCCUCAGCUGCUCUGAAAUGUUGGCUAACUAUAGCCAUGUCCAGCAGGACUUUUACCUUGACUGUCUUACCGUGUGUGGCCAUAAUCUGAGGUGAGCCGUAAAUGCCUGUAAUAUAUGUGUGUGUGUGUGUGUGUGUGUGUGUGUGUUUGUAUGCGUGCCCGUGCGCGCACGUGUGUGUGUGUGUGUGCACGAAUAUCCCUGAAAGCUAGUGAGGUCUGCCUCCAGCUAGUAAGGUUUCAGGUGGGAAUGAAACAAAGGAAAGCCAUAACGCUUUCUGUGCAUCAACUUUGCAAGCAACACAUAAACCCUGUGUUUGUUACUGCUCUGCUGUUGCCUUUUUAAAUGACCCUGAAAGCAGCUAGACUCCAGGCAUCAUAUUAGACAUUUAUUAUAAGGUUUUAAAGAUAAAAGUUGUGGGGAAAUGGUACAUUUUCAAGGAAUAGGUAAAAAUUUUAGGAAUUGUGCUUAUUCAACUGAUUGCUGAGAGUGAGUUGAGAAGAUCAGUGCCACUCAUGUCAGUGUGGUAAAUAUGUAGGUGGAGCUGGCAGUCACUCUGCUCAGCUCAGAGUUUGGAAACAGGGCGACAGCUUGCCUGGCUCCAUCUGAUGGUAACAUAAUCUGCCUACCAGCCCUCGUAAAACUGUUUAAAGAUGUUUAAUCCAUACUGUAGGUGUGUUUAAAAGCAAACUGUAAAAACAUCUGUUUACUGCUUAACGGGCGGUAUGUGCUGCACUAUUUGUUGGCUGCAUACACAGUAUGCAUUAAGAGAUAUCUGUACCUCCUGUUUCCACUCUUUAUGCUAAGAUAAGCUAACCAACUCCUGACUCCAGUUAUGCUGUACUGGUAUCAGUCUUCUAAUUGAACUUGGGUAAGAAACCGAAUAUGUAUAUUUCCCAGCUUGUCAAUGGUUUGACAAAGUCCAGUUGGACUUUAAAACAGACAGAAUUGUUCUGCACAAAGCCAAAUUGCAGUGGACAUUGAAGCCUUGUGGAUUGUUCACAGGCCAUCUCAGUUUUUUUGUUGUUACUGAACAGGCACUUUUUAUCUUGUUGCAUGCAGUGUCAGUGCAUUUCUUUAAACUCAAAUUGAACCUCCAAAUCUUAGCUGCUAGACUCAAACAGUCUGGCAUUAACCAUUGCCUCGCCUUAGCCAUGUGAAACACAUCAACCUUUAAUCAAGAGGACUGUAGAAACCUUUUGGAGUGUUUAAGCACCUUUGUCUCCCCUAAAAAGCCUGGUAUGCAUCAUCAGCCCUGAAAGGGUUUUCUAAAUGACUUUGAAGCCAUAGGUCUGAGACACAGACUCAAAAAAAGGUCAAUCCCACCUUUCUAUGCUAUUAAGCAUGGAUAUUGUGCAUCCCAUUUGUUUACACAGUACUUAGCUAGAAAAUGCUAGUGUGUGUGUUUACCUAAGUGUCACUUUGUAACCCAGGCAUGGAGGGUUGGGGGUGGGGUGGGGGGCUGUGCUUACUUUUACUCAACUGACUUUUGCCCCCUCAGCCUGCGGUCCAUCACAUUAAUAUAUGGUGCCUUACCACAGCCAAGCCCAAGUUUAUCUCCCCAAAGUGGAUGGAGUGCUAUCAUUUAAAAGUUAGCACUGAUCUAAUGAUAUACGACAGCUUUCCUCUUUGUUUUUAUGCCCUAUCUUUGCGUAGACCAAACCAGAGCCUCAGAAGUUUGUAAAACUUCACAGGGAUGUUUUGUGUGCACGUACAUUGCAGCUUGGUCUGCCAUGAUGUUUGUGUUGCAGGAGUGUACAUGUGCUGCAGUGUUCAGCUUGGAUGCAUUAUUGUAUAUA